UCUUUGUCCCUAUCUUUUACUGUCAAUGGUCUUUGCCAGACUUACUUAGAUAAAGUUAAGUUUCUGGUACAUGUUAGUGAUAAGAUCGUGGGGCAUAAGAAGACACAGGAUCUAAGCCUUUCGGUGAAAGAUGAAGGAGGACUCCAAACUGAAAGUUUGAUGACUGGUCUGGAAUCUUAUUAGUCUGAAAGGUUUGGUCGAGACUUACCUCGAUCGUUUGCAACGGGCCAAUGGAGGUGUCACACUCAAUCCGGGAGCGCACAAUCGCAGAGAACAGUCUGGUUGUCCUCCUGCAGGGUCUGCAAGGCCAGGUGACCACAGUGGACCUGCGGGAUGAGAGCAAAGCCAGAGGCCGCGUGGUCAACGUGGACGCCUUCAUGAACGUGCGUUUGGAAGAGGUGCUCUACCAGGACCGCAAGGGACGUCUCACCAAGCUGGCGGACCUGUUCGUCACCGGCCGCAACGUGCGCUACGUGCACAUUCCUGAUCACAUGGACAUUGUGGAGACCAUCAAAACCCAGCUGGCCAAGAUUCACAGAGUUCGGGAUUUCUCCGGGAAACAGGGAGGCAGGAAGGAGUACCCAACCAAGAAAGGGAAAAAAUGACAGUGCCUUUAUAAAGCAGUGCCUUUAUGGACAGGUCCUGGCAUACUGGCAAUAUAGCUUUGGUAUGGAACAGUGAAAAACCUUUGGAAGAACAGGUCCCAGGCCCUCAUGUCAUGGUUCUUACUUGGGCCCCUUUUAUGUCAGGCCUGAAUCCUCAACAAAUUGUUUCAGAUUCAGUGUGGCCUUUGAGCACCCCUGAGUUUCUCAUGGCCACAGAGAACCUUUAUUUAGCCACAUGGAUGGUUUGUUUUGUGUUAGUUUACUCAGAUGUAAAGUAUUCAGAGUUUGCUCUAAACAAGAAGAUUUUAUGUGUGCAGUUAGAGAUAAUUACGUUAUAUGAGAACAUUACAUUGAAGAUCUUUUGGUUUUGGUUUCUUCUCUUGGCGAGUCAAGGUUAUAAGCCCCAACGAUUAGGCUAUGAAUAGCCACAAUUGCAAUAUAAUGUAGAUCCUUUUGCUAAAGAAGAAAAAAUGCAUGGUGUCACCUUAAAGAGGUGCUCAGAUAAAGAGACACACAAUAAAUAAAACUCUUGCAAGAAUAAGAAUAUAAUUAAUUAAUUACAUAAUCACCUUUUUAAGUUAUUUGUGUUGGUGAAAAUGACAGUGUUUUAUUCUGUGUGGUAGCACUAUAAGGUGACUAUAGGGUCCAAACCACUGGAGUUUUGUUUGUAUGUUAAAAUGCAAAAAGUAAGUGGUAGGUCUCUCAUGCCUGUUACUGUUAUGGUAUCAAUGUACUAUGCUGCAGUAGACGUUCCUUCUCAGAAGACUAAACACUUAUUUACGUUACAUAAGUACAGGAAAUAAGAGGUUGUAUUUUUUGGUAUUCAAGAGAAUGCUGAUAUUGACAUCGGAGAUGUUAGGCAUAAAAACCUUUAACAUCAAUGGUGUCAUGACUUGCAUUGCAAUAAUAUAUCAGUAUUUAAAAAAAAAAGAGUGGUGAUAUGGGUGAAAUGUCAUUGUCGUUUUAGCACAUCCAUCAAAAUAUAAAAUAUGUAGGUGUAGUAAGCAAUAUCAGAAUGCAGUUUGAAUUAGGCCAAAUGAUAAGUGUAUUGUGAAGUGUACAUUUUUCUUAAUGGAGAAGCCACAACUGAGAUGUCAUCUUCUCCAUUCAUCUAGUAGUAGUAGAUCUUCACAUUGCUGAUGGUUUUUCCAUUAGAGCUAUUAGCUACUACAUAAGAGUGGGGAAAGGCCAGGCCAGUCAUCGCUGGCGCAGGCAUACUUGAGAGUGUCGUAUUAAAGCUUGUUUUUCGGUAAUGCGUUUGUCUAGUAUAUCAGCUCCAAGAUAGCUCCAGCUUGUUUCUCUCAAUUCUUUAAGGUGGCUUCUUGCAUGGUCUUGGUUUGCCUUUUAGCUCAACAAACAAACUAUCUGUCUUUCCUCUGGAUCCUGUUAUACAAUAUGGAAGUUUAUCUAACAUUACAUGAAAACAAGCCAUUCUUGUCAUGUACACAAAUGCAUCCAGAGAGGGUCUAGUAGUGUAUACAGUAAUGUAAAUAUUAGCCAUAGUAAUGUUUAACAGUGUUGAAUGAGGAUAUGCUGUAAAUUAAGUCAAGGGUAGAGUUCCAUGUCAAU